GCAGCGCGCUAACUGACCUGUUUAUAAUGUAAUCCGAGCAGUGACUCCGUGUCGGCUGUUCUAACCUGCUGCUGUUAGCUGCUUGGGCUGAAAGAUGAACUGUAGUGAGCUGUAUUAUCCGGUUAGUGGGGUUAAAACCUUUAUUUGUUUACAGAAACAGUAAAAACGGACUGGCUGAGCCCUGUAGCCCGUGGCUGGGCUGUACUGAAGUAGUGACUGAGUGAAGAGAGCGGGGCUUGUGCUGCUGCAGCUCCGACUAGUGGUUGGAUGAAGAACUGCAGCUUCAUGUUCAGAGUUCCGCACCUGUGACACCACUGGACACCACAGCUUUUACAGUCAGCCAGCACUGAAGUGAGUCAGUCCUCCAGAAGCCUACUUCAGUGAGUGGUAUCAGAACAUGGAUCACCAGAGAGACUGUUCUUUAUUUGGCCUGAGUUGAUCUAUAGGCCUCGCAACCGGAUAUAGUCUCUGUUGUCUGAAAACUGCUGGUCUUCUGUGAUGCUACCAUAGAAGCUCUACACAUGUUCAACAUGGCUUCUGCAGUUCAGCAGACCGAGAGCGCAUGGGAGAGUGCAAGCAGGCAUGACGAAGACAGUUUGCAGCUGGCAGAUCCAUCAGCUUUCCCAGCGGUAAUUGUGGAGCAAAUGCCACACACCCACCUCCUCAACUACUCAGGGCUGACUUGUGAGCAGCCAUUGACAGGUGGUCACCUAGAAACAGGGCUGGAGCACGAGACUGUGGAGGACAUAGCGCAUCUGACAGUGGAAGCAUAUCACAACGGUAACGAGGACACUGUGGAGACGGCAGAAGCUGCUGAAGCCUUGCUGAAUAUAGACUCAUCAGGUUCACUGUCCCUGCAUGAGAAGCAUUUCUCUCAGAUAUUUUUAACAUCACCUCUUGGAGAUGGUGCCCAGCUUCUGUCGGAUAGUUUUGGACAACAGCCGUGGCUGUUUCAGACCGAAGACAAGCCAAAGGCUAAGAAAGUUAGAAAACCAAAAAGACCAAGGCCGCAUUCCCCAAUGCCUGACAUAACGGUUAAGAAAAGCAAGGACGGCAAAGGAAAUACACUGUAUUUGUGGGAGUUCCUGAUUGCUUUGCUACAGGACAGGAACGCCUGUCCCAGAUACAUCAAAUGGACUAAUCGGGAAAAGGGCAUAUUCAAACUUGUGGACUCGAAAGCUGUGUCUCAGUUGUGGGGCAAACACAAAAACAAACCUGAUAUGAACUAUGAAACGAUGGGAAGAGCACUUAGAUACUACUAUCAGCGUGGUAUCCUGAAUAAAGUUGAGGGACAGAGACUGGUGUAUCAGUUUGCAGAGAUGCCAAAGAACAUCGUCUACAUUGGUGAUGAUGAAGAUUGCAGUGGUGGUAAUGAUCAUAGCUUUCAAAAUGAAGAUGACAAUGAUCCCUCUGACAACGGCACUCCUUCCUUCGAUACAGAACUGUUCUCUUCUAGCAGAGCUCCCAGUCAGACAACAAAAAGCCGCAGGGUGGUCAACGGUAGCCAGCGUAGAACGGUUAACCACCCUGCUGAGACGACAAGCACCACUAGGGCCAACCGUCCGUUGGGUCUUAUCCAGCAGCAACACCUUCCCAUAGUUUCUGCGGAGAUGCUGAGGACUCUGCAGAACGUACAGUCCAUCCAAACAGGCCAACAUGGUUCAGUCUUCCGCACUGCUCAGCUGUUGGAGAGCCUCAGAGAGAAGCAAGCAACUCUGGAAGUGCAACAGGAAGAGCUGGGCAUUCAUACCGGAGAGGGGCAGGUUGACAGAGAGGGUAGUCAGAUUGUUACGUUGCAGCUGGUUCCAGUACCACCCCCUGAACAAGGAAUGGAUGGGUCUGUGUUAACCUCUCCUCAGUUCAUUAUGCAAGCUAUGCCAGAUUCUGAGGAGGUAACCCUCGUUGUGCAGAAUGUUUCCUUGGACGAGUCUGCUUUGGAUCCUAGCCAAGAAGAGCCCACCCAUACUGAGGUGGUAACGACCUCUCCUUUAAGGUCAAGUAGUACCAACGCCCCAGUUGUGACGUUUGUUGGAGGAGGACAACAACUGGUGACUCAGCCUCCUGGUACUGUUAUCCAUUCUGUCGUCACAGCAACGGAAGCAAAACACAUCUCGGGUCAAGCAGGCCUAGAGGCAGAACCCAAAGAACUGCUCGAAAGCACUGAGCUAAGCAGAGAUGACCUCUCCCAAGAUACACACCAGCACAUUGCAGAUAUGGGCAUGAAGAGUCCCUCUGAAAUGAAGAUGGAACCACUGAGUGUCGUUAUCAUUAAUGACUCUUGGGUGGGUUACACCUCCAACAGUGAGACUUCGGAGAAGGAGUAGGAGUAGGAGUCGACGCUUGUUUGUUUGAGUUGAGUGUCCAACACCAUUAAGCCUUAUUCGUUCCUUACACAUUCCUCUGAGACUUGCACAUGCACUGGAAAUCUGGAAAUUGCAGUCACUCCUUUUUCCUUUCUCUUUUUUUGACGUUUGUUUGCACCAUAUUUGCCUUGCUUUGCUAUGAAAUAUUGUGCAUAGACUUGUGAUACAUAUGCAACUUAAUAUGAAUCUUGAAUCUAUGAAUCUUUUUUCUUCAAAUAAGUGCCCUAAGUAAUGUACUGCAAUGUAAAAAAUAUUAUGUCUCAGGGUUGUACUCUACUCUGAUCUUUCACACAACAGAUGACGUGUCAGUGAUAUUGCCAUGAAAAGGCCAAUCCUUUUUUUGUUAUUUUUUUAUAUAAAUAUAUAUAUAAUGAGCUCCACUAUCAUGAAUGAAAAUUACCAUUUUUAGCACAAAAAGCUAACUCUUUAACUACUGUAAAAAAGAGGGGAGAGAAUGCACCUCAGAUGUGGUGGAUAGGUGUGCAUGGAUAUGCGUUAUGCACAACAAAUGUCACGGUUUCUUGCUUGAUAAUCAUCCAUUACGUUGUGAUUGAAAUAAAAGUACUACUCCUUUCUGACCUGGACCAAAUAAUACAGAAUUUUGCUAUGCACAGUAACAAGGGGUAUUUUUAUUAUUAUUUUCGAGUUGUAGUUUGGUUUUCGGCGGUUAUACUGCUCUUAUCAUGUCUUCAUUUUUAUAAUAUUUCCUUGAAUAUGCCUGACCAAAGUCUCCUGUUUGACAAUCGUUUCACAAUGCUCUGAUCAAUAUGUAUGUAAAACGCAUUCUCAAAAGUAGUUCUUGCACUGUGGCCUCUUCAUAAAUAAGUCCCAAAGAUGUUUUGAACAAUAUGUGUGUUUAAGUAUCGACAAACCUCUGCACAGAUGCACUGAUCUUCAAAUAAUUAUCACUAGCAGAUGCUUCAGUUAUUUGUUUGGUAUGGAUUGUAGUAUCUGUACAGUGGCUGGCUUACCUGAGGCAAAAGAGAGAUACUUGCUGUUUGGCUGUGAGUUCACGUAGGACCUUACUGUGUACGUACUUGUCUGCAUAAAACACACAAGUCAUUGUCAUCUACUUGUCACAGUGGUAUUUUCUUUGUUAAAAAUUAUAAGACCAUUGCAUUAUCCUAGUUUAUUGUAGUUCCAACGUGUUCUGAACCUUUUCUUCAUUAUAACAACAAGCUUAAAAUUGCUAGUAGUAUGACUUGGUAGCUAGCUACCAGGCUAAAUUUCCUGUUCCACCUUAAAUGAUACAGCAGCAGUGCCUAAAGCUUCUGCAUUUAAAGUGGAACUACAUAAUAGCCAGUUUCAGCUCCCUGUUACAAAUUAAUUUGGGUAAAUGAUACGAAAUAUAUGUUGCCUUAAAUUAAAGUAAAGUAAGCAACAAGAUUACUAAACUUUACUGUCUUUGCUGUAACAUUAGACUGGCGGGGUUGCCUACAGAGCACCGCUAUUAGUAAUCUAGUAUUCUAGCAGUGUUCUUUUUCUAUUUAUUUAUGUUUAGGUUCUUGAAUAAGAUUUUAACCACUUCCCCUUGUAACUCAGUUACUUUAGUCCUUUAGAAGGCUGCGUUUUAAAGAAUUGGCAACUGAAGUAUCCUUCUAAGUCUUCUGUUACCCACAUUUCUCUGUACACAUUUAGCGUUAAGGGUAACUAAAUUUAUUUUUAAUUUUCUGUGGACAAAAAAAGUAAAAGCCAGAGGCACAAAUUAGGAGGCUCUCUUUUCUCCCUCAAAAGAGGCGGAACCUUGCUCGUUGUAUUAGCCUCCCAAAAAGCAAUCUUUCUAAGACAGUGUCCUACUGAGGACCUGCUCUACGUGGACUGCAGCGUAGGCUUUGGAACGUAGCUACAGCUUUCAGCUUUUCUUCCAGCAUUUUGACGUGUCUGAGUGGGUUCACUGCCCACUACUGUUUUUAUUAUGUGUACUGCACCUUUUGUACACAGUGUAAAUUUUUGAGAACACCAACUUAGACCAAACGAGGAUACGUAUGCAGCAGCCAUCAUGCAACAAAAACAAAAAUGCAUACUUAACAGCAAUUAUAUCUCUAGCCCUAGGGGAGCCAAUUUAGGGACAAGUGUUUAGAAUUUAUUUUUCCCCCAAUUUUCUGCCUGAUAUCAUAACUGUCAGUUCCCAGCCACUAGCUAGGAUUCUCCUAUCACGCAAUGUUACCAGCGCCUGGAGGGUGAAGGCUAGCAUGUGCUUCCACAGAGUCGCCUUCAAUAAAACCAGCCCACUGCUUCUUUUAAAACUGCUGCUGAUGCAACAUUAUAGGACGGCUGAAUGUGCUUAAACUGCCAAUUUUGUUACAUCAGCUAACAGACGCCCACGCUGGCGAGUGUUUGUGCUUAAGUGGUGGUUGGGGGGGGGGACAGAUGGUCAGUGGUGCUGUCUUGUUGUUUUGGACAUGGACAGCUGUGGUAUCACUGGAGAUGAAACUUAUGAUAAAAACAUAUGAUCUUCUGGUGAUUGGGCAAUGCUUAAGGUGACCAAUGUUUCAGACUGAUAUUUGUUAAUGUAUUUAUUAAACUCAAGAAGAGCAGAAUGUUUAGGUUAUGCUGGACUACUGUGGAUAAAUAGCUGCAUUUUAUUCAUUUGUAUCAUUCUAUAUAUUUUUUUUUCUUUUGAGAGAAAUUUAACGGUUUGAAUAACAAAAAUCAUUGAUCUGAUUUGUAUACUUUGAAGGCCAGGCCAGGAACAUAUUGGAAACAAUUACUGUUGUUUACUCUAUCCAUUGUUUUAUUCUGUAUUACCUUGUAUAUUUAAGACUAAGCUCCAAAAUAACUGAUGGUUUUGGGUCCAAGGUUGGUUCAUUUUGUGUUUUACUUGCAAAUCUGAUUAUUUUACACAUUUCUCAGGUUGAAAUGUGGUUCAAAUAUCUUAUAAUUUUUUAACAAAAGAUUUAUAUUUAACAAAUAAAAUCAGAUGAAACAAUUUAGUUGAUUUUGUUGUUUUCAAAAACAGGCGUUCCUGUACAGAAAAUGCCUCCAUCUAUGCCAUUUUUUGGAUUCUUUAAUGUUAUGUGCUUUAUUACUGACAACAGUAACUGUUGUAAAAAUGUGUUUUAUUAUUAUUAUUAUUGCAUAUAUUGGUAUAUCUUAAUGAAAAAAAGCCUGUACAGUGCAUCUGGAUAACAAAGCCAUAUAAAAAAAAUGUCUGUCUGCUUUAUCCCUUGUAUCUGAUGAAAUAAUUGUCUUUUACGGGAGUUACCUUCUUAUAUGUCGGAGGUGUUGGAACUUUUCACUGAUAUUGUUGAACAUGUAUGUCUCAGUUUGCAGAAAAUAUUAAGAUCUUUUUUUUGUCUUUUUUAAAAUAUCACUGUAUUUGAUGAUUCUGUUCAUUUUAUACGCAAAUGGUUGUCAAGCCUGUAUUUAAGAAAUAAAAUAUGCAUUUGUUUUGGAA